CAUCCUCUGUGCCUGCAGCCCUCGCUCUGCCUCAGGGACACACUUCUCCACAAGUGGAAGAAAAUAUGUCGAACUGAGCAGAAGCAGGUUGGGUUUCCUGCGCACACAGAUGCAUUAAGAGGAUUAUUAUUUGUCGGAAAGAAGGAAGAAGACAUUGGAAAAGUAUGUAGGAGCUGUGCGUAAAAACACCUCGGAGUCCUCACAGGGGUUUGGUUUGACCGUCGUAUCCGUGGGAGGAUUGUGUCAAAGUGCGACUCGAGUUGAGGAGAAGUUUAUUCAUGCAAAUUCAUCAAAUCAUAGGCGUGCCUUUGGGCGAUGGAGUCACAGGCGGAAAAGCAAACCCCCUCCUGGAUCAUCAGCGACCUUCAAAGACCGUGAUGCGCAGCGUUCGGACGCACUGACAGCAGAGGCAAAUGUUUUAAAAGCUCAAGAGGAACACACGGGACAAAGUUAAGGUUCGGUUUGGAAACGCGUCUGAUGGUGUGACGGCUCUGCGCCUCCUGCAAGCGGCUUCGGAUCUGGAUAACUGACGCACGACGGACCGAGAAGCGAGAAGCGACAGCUCAGCCGCGAGCCACCAUUUAUAUCACCCUUAUUUAAUUUGUAUUUUAUUGUUAUUAUUAUUAUUAUUCUAUUUUAUUUAUUUUUUACAUGCUCAUAUCCAGUCCGGACCCAUCCACGUACUGACAAACCCUGAUGUGGAUGAAGUCGCAGCCAGUUUUUUGUGCGUAAAAGGCGCGACCGUUGAUUUCGUUCCACUUGUUGGCGAAACUAUUCCCCAGUCGUUUUUUUUUUUUUUUUUUUUUUAAUUUGUCCUCCUGCUCCUGCUCCAACCAUGUCAGAGGACGACAGCAGCUCCACCACCACCACCACCACCAGCGUCAUGUCCGACACCGAAGGCACCAACGUCAGCGUCCUCAACUGGGAACAAGUGCAGCGUCUGGACUCCAUCCUGACGGAGACCAUCCCGAUCCACGGCCGCGGGAACUUCCCCACUCUGGAGAUGCAGCCCCGGCAGAUCGUCAAGGUGGUGCGGAGUCGGAUGGAGGAGAAACAGAUCCACGUUCGGGACGUUCGGUUAAACGGCUCUGCGGCCAGUCACAUCCUGCAUGAGGACAGCGGACUGGGCUUUAAGGACCUGGACCUCAUAUUUUGCGCAGAUAUGAAAGGUGAAAGUGAUUUCCAGACUGUCAAGGACAUAGUUUUGGACUGUCUCCUGGAUUUUUUACCCGACUGUGUGAAUAAAGAGAAAAUAACGCCGUUAACAUUAAAGGAGGCGUACGUGCAGAAGAUGGUGAAGGUGUGCAACGACUCGGACCGCUGGAGCCUCAUUUCACUGUCCAACAACCGAGGGAAGAACGUGGAGCUGAAGUUCGUGGACUCUCUCCGGCGGCAGUUUGAGUUCAGCGUGGACUCGUUCCAGAUCAAACUGGACUCCCUGCUGCUGUUCUACGAGUGCUCGGAGAACCCCAUGGCCGAGACCUUCCACCCCACCAUCGUGGGCGAGAGCGUGUAUGGGGACUUCGGCGAGGCCCUGAACCACCUGCACCACAAGAUCAUCUGCACCCGGAACCCGGAGGAGAUCAGGGGCGGGGGUCUGCUCAAGUACUGCCACUUGUUGGUGAGGGGCUUCCGGGCGGCUUCGGAGUCAGAGAUGAAGUCCCUGCAGCGCUACAUGUGCUCGCGGUUCUUCAUCGACUUCCCCGACAUCGGCGAGCAGCAGCGCAAACUGGAGUCGUACCUUCAGAACCACUUCGUGGGCCUGGAGGACCGCAAGUACGACUACCUGAUGACACUGCACGGGGUGGUCAACGAGAGUACGGUGUGCCUGAUGGGACACGAGCGGCGGCAGACGUUGGGGCUCAUUGCCAUGCUGGCGGUGCGGGUUCUUGCCGAGCAGAACGUCAUCCCCAACGUGGCCAACGUCACCUGUUACUACCAGCCUGCUCCUUACGUGGCCGACGGAAACUUCAGUAACUACUACAUCGCGCAGGUGCAGCCGGUGUUCGCCUGCCAGCAGCCGGCGUACUCCACCUGGCUGCCGUGUAACUGAGUCCAUGACCCCCCCCCCCCCCCCCCCCCCCCCCGAGGGACACACGAUGAGAGUCUGAUUUAUAGAAACAGGAGCGAGGGGCUUCGGCACCGCCUCAAACCUGUGUCGGACAGCCGAGAGCAGAAGGAGUCUUUAUAAUGUUUUGCAUCAAAGCUUGUGUUUUUGUCCAAAUGGUAAAAUGCGGUCGGCUUUUGGUUCGAGCCUGAGCUGAAGUCUCAAACAGCUGACCUUCACACACUCCUGCCAAGCCUUCCAGGUUUGGAAAAGACUCAUUUUUCUAAAAGUGGAAUGCAAACGUGCGAAUGCAAGCACCAAAACUGUCACACAAACCGUACGAGACCAGACCCAAAAUCUGUCAAGAACUGAUGACAGUCCUGUUCCUGCACCGGCGCCCUGAAGGCCUCAGCGUUCGGGGGGGGGGGGGCGUUGGGUUCAGCGUCUGCUCUGACACUCUGGGGGGAACCGGAGCCGUGCAGAGUCCUGAAACGAGUACAUUAAUUAGACUCCUCUGUCAGAUGAACUGAGGCGGGAUGCUGCUCACUAGUUUGGAAACCAAACAGGCACAUCUCUGCCUGGUUGUUUACAGACCAAAGAUUUUUGAUUGUUUCUUAUGUUGAAACCCAAUUUUGAUGGGCAGAAUAAACAAAAUAUGAAGCUA